AUGUGGAGAAAGAGGAUAAGAAGAGGAGGAGGAAGAAAGAAUGAAAGAAGGAGAUGGAGGAAGAAAGGAGGACAGGAGGAGGAGAAGGAGGGAGAAAGGAGGAAAGGAGAAGGAGGAGGAAGAAAGGGGACAGGGGGGAGGAGGAAGAGGAGGAGGAAGAAAGAAGAAAGGAAGAAGAGAGGAGAAGGAAGAGAAGGAGGAAGAAAGGAGGGCAGGAGGAAAAGGAGGAAGAAAGGAGGAAAGGAGAAGGAGGAGGAAGAAAGGGGACAGGGGGGAGGAGGAAGAGGAGGAGGAAGAAAGAAGAAAGGAAGAAGAGAGGAGAAGGAAGAGAAGGAGGAAGAAAGGAGGGCAGGAGGAGAAGGAGGAAGAAAGGAGGGCAGGAGGGGGAGGAGGAGGAGGAGGAGGAGGAAGAGGGGACAGGGGGGAGGAGGAAGAGGAGGAGGAAGAAAGAAGAAAGGAAGAAGAGAGGAGAAAGAAGAGAAGGAGGAAGAAAGGAGGGCAGGAGGAGAAGAACGGACGAACCAACGACUGAACUCCAGUCACAGUGAGGAAUCUGGAAAGGAGAAGGAGGAGGAAGAAAGGGGACAGGGGGGAGGAGGAAGAGGAGGAGGAAGAAAGAAGAAAGGAAGAAGAGAGGAGAAGGAAGAGAAGGAGGAAGAAAGGAGGGCAGGAGGGCAGGAGGAGAAGGAGGAAGAAGAGAGGAGAAGGAAUAGAAGGAGGAAGAAAGGAGGGCAGGAGGGCAGGAGGAGAAGGAGGAAGAAAGGAGGGCAGGAGGGGGAGGAGGAGGGAGAAAGGAGGAAAGGAGAAAGAGGAGGAAGAAAGGGGACAGGGGGGAGGAGGAAGAGGAGGAGGAAGAAAGAAGAAAGGAAGAAGAGAGGAGAAGGAAGAGAAGGAGGAAGAAAGGAGGGCAGGAGGGGAGGAGAAGGAAGACAAAGGAUAAGGGAGGAAGAUUUGAUAACAUCUGUAAAAUCAAAUCGACAUUAUGAUAAAAAGAAAUCAAAGUAG